UCUUGUUUCGUCCAAGCGGGAGGGAAAAGCCUGACCAUGCAGAGUGUGCAGAGUCUGCCCAAGCGGUGCAUUGGCCUGGCCUUCCUGCUGCUCCACGUCCUGGGACAGGUCGCGGCCACCCAGCGCUGUCCCGCCCAGUGUCCGGCCCGGUGUCCCAAGACGCCGCCAAGCUGCGCCCCCGGGGUGCGAGCCGUGCUGGACGACUGCUCCUGCUGUGUGGUGUGCGCCCGCCAGCGCGGCGAGAGCUGCUCCCUGCUGGAGCCGUGCGAGGAGAGCCGCGGCCUCUUCUGCGACCGCAGAGCCGACCCCAGCGCGGGAACGGGCAUCUGCAUGGCGGUAGAAGGCGACAACUGUGUGUUUGAUGGGGUCAUUUACCAAAGCGGGGAGACCUUCCAGCCAAGCUGCAAAUACCAGUGUGCCUGCAGAGAUGGGCAGAUCGGCUGUGUGCCCCGCUGUGGAGAGGACCUGCUCCUGCCCCAGCCCGACUGCCCAGCUCCCAGAAAAGUUGAAGUGCCUGGGGAGUGCUGUGAAAAGUGGAUCUGUGACUCAGAUGAGAAGGGGCAGUUGGGAGGCCUUGCCCUUCCAGCCUACAGGACAGAAGCCACGCUAGGAGUUGCGGUCUCUGACUCCAGCAGCAACUGCAUUGAACAGACCACAGAGUGGAGCGCAUGUUCCAAGAGCUGUGGUAUGGGUUUUUCCACCCGGGUCACCAAUAGGAAUCCACAGUGUGAAAUGGUGAAGCAGACUCGCCUCUGCAUGGUGCGGCCCUGUGAACAAGAACACAAGCAACCAGCAGAUAAGAAAGGAAAGAAAUGUCUCCGCACCACGAAGUCACUCAAAGCCAUCCACCUGCAGUUCAAGAACUGCACCAGCCUGCACACCUACAAGCCCAGGUUCUGUGGGGUCUGUAGUGAUGGCCGAUGCUGUACCCCCCACAACACCAAAACCAUCCAGGUGGAGUUCCAGUGCUCCCCAGGACAGAUCAUCAAGAAACCAGUGAUGGUCAUUGGGACCUGCACCUGUCACAGCAACUGUCCUCAUAACCAUGAGGCCUUCCUCCAAGAGUUAAAGCCAAACACCAGCAGAGGGGAAAUGUAAAAUAUAAUCCUUGAAAAGCAUACCUACAGAGGCAAACUGUAGCUACCCAACAUCAAAUGAAUAUAAGAAAAAUUAGGAAGAAUUAUUAUUUUACCCCUGAGUCCUAUGUAUUUUCUGUGGUCAUAUGAGGUCAGUUAUAUCUGUCUUUUUUUUUUUUAAGGAAAGAUACGAUUAACUGUAAACUUGAAAUCAAGGUGAGCUCAGGAUAGUACUUAGGGAUGAUUGACUACAAAUGAAAAUUUGUAUAAAUUUAAAGAAUCAGAUACAUGUUUUACUGUGUAGAC